AUGCACCAGCACCACGUGGUCCACUUCGCCAAGGGCGCCCUGCCCCACCGGGCCUCCUCCGAGAGCUACUUCUUGGACCCAGAGUUGGGGCACAGAAAAGGACGCUGCCACCAGUGGUGCCACGACCCAGCGGCCUACAGGCCCUGUCAGCCGCACCCCCAGGUGCGGUCGCAGCUGGCCUGCCACAGCCACCAGGGGGUGGUCAGGGGCUGCCGCAGGGGCCCCCAGCCCCCUACCCUGCAGCAGCAGCAACAGCAGCGGCAGCCCCAGCCCCCACCUCAUAGCCCCCUGCGGCAGCGUCUCUGCCCUGUUCCCAGUGCCCAGAAGGGAGCACCUACAGCCACCACUGCCCCCAUGGGACCAGCCUGCGCCCCCCAGCCGCCCACUGCACCCACCUCCGCACCCGCCAUGACCAGCAGCGGGCCAGCCCCGCCCUCCGCAGCCGGCACCGUCCAGGAGCCCAGCAGGCCCACGGACGCCCGGGCGCCGCCUGCCCCAGCGGCGCUCUGCGGCCCCUUCACCUCCUACAGCUCCGAUAUCCUAACAGAGGAUGAUGUCUACUGCAGCUGCCUGGCCAAGACCCUCUGCCACGUGCCCGUGCCCGUGACCGUGGGCUUCUAUGCCCCCUUUGGCUGCCGCCUGCACCUGAUGCUGGACAAGAUCACCGCGCUGAUGGAGCAGGAGGCGGCGCAGCGUGAGGCUGAGGAGCGGCAGCGUGCGCAGUGGCGGCCGCGGUCUGUGCGGCGCUGCGGCUUCCCGCAGCUGCUGUGGUACCUGGUGUUCAUGCAGCCAGUCAUCACCGAGAUGCACCUGCGGCGCAAGAACGUGAAGUUCCUCUUCAUCCGCUUCAGCGCCUGGGAGUACGAGGGCACCGACAAGCUGUGGGCCGGCCUGGUGACCACGUUGUGCGACGGCAUCCGCCACCACUACGGCGCACUGCCCUUCAGCGUGUACUCGGUGCUGGGUAACAAGGCGGUUACGACGAAGGGAUUCCGCCAGCGCGAGUGGCACUGCCGGCGCCGCGUGUGCCUGGCGCUGGUGGCGCUGCUGUUUGCGCUGGGCCUUGGCGUGGCCCUGCUCUACCUGUCGCUGGGUGCCCACGCGCUGAGCCACAGUGGCACCAACAACAACCUACUGCGAGUGUUUGGCGGCGCAGCCACCACGCUGUCAGGCUCGGGCCUGCUCAUGGCCGUGUACUCGGUGGGCAAGCACCUGUUCGUGAGCCAGCGCAAAAAGAUCGAGCAGCUGGUGUCGCAAGAGAAGUUCGGCAGCCAGCUGGGUUUCAUGGGCGAGGUGAAGAAGGAGGUGGAACUUGUCACUGACUUCCUGUGCUUCCUGGAGAUCUACCAGCGGUGCCGGCUGCGCAUCGUGCUCGAGAUCACCGGGCUGGACACGUGCCGCUCGGAGAACGUGGUGGGUGUGCUCAACGCCAUCAACACACUGUUGUCCGACAGCCACGCGCCCUUCAUCUUCAUCCUGGUGGUGGACCCCAGCAUCAUGGCCGCGUGCCUCGAGAGCGCUGGCUCCAUGAAAGGCACGGCCGACAACGGCUACCUCUUCCUCAACCGCACCGUCACCCUGCCCUUCUCCGUGCCCAUCAUGGGCCGCCGCACCAAGCUGCAGUUCCUGCAUGACGCCGUGCAGAGCCGCGACGACCUGCUGUACCGCGAGAUGACGCACCAGCUGCAGUCGCUGAACCCUGGCCGGGACGAGAGCUCGCAGCUGCUGGCCGUAGAGAUGCAGGAGGGGGCCAGGCUCACGCAGAGCCGCAUAGACGCGGAGGCGGCGCGCCGCAUCCAGGAGGCGCUCUUCUGCCUGCAUGACGGGCGCGACUGCCUCUACGAGUACGUGGCCGACAACUUGGUGUCCAUGCGGCGCAUCGUCAACACCGUGCCCAUCACUGUGCGCCUCCUGCAGCAGCAGCAGCGGGACUUCGGGGGCCCCACGCCGCGCCAGGCCGUGGCCUGGGUCGUGCUCGCCAACCAGUGGCCCUGUCGCCUCAGCUGGGUGCUACAGUGUCUAGAGGACCGGCAGCAGGCCGGGGGCGCGCCAGAGGCCCGCGCGCGCCUCUGGGACGUGUUCCGUGAUAACAGCCAGGAGCUGCACGCCAUGACCAAGGCGUUGCAAAAUGUGCUCGACCUGGACGGUGACCCUGAGCUCUUUCAGAGCUUCCUGAGCUCAGACUUCCCCUUCACUGUGGCUGAGGCGCAGACCCUGCUGCGCUGUACGGUAAACCUGGACCACUCCAUCCGCCGCCGUAUGGGCCUCAUCCGGGCUGUCAGCACGCUCAAGCCGCCCAAGCCGCCCAAAUCCCCAGCGGGUGAUGCUCCCGGCGCUGCCAGCGGAGCCAGCCACGCCUCCCGGGCUGCUAGCGCGGCUAACGGGGCCAACCAGGCCCCUGGGGCAGCCCGAUCAGGCCACUCGGCAGGGCACAGCCCUGUGCAGGCCAGCGAAGCCCCCCACCCCCGCAGCGAAUCCCCCCACCCACGCAGUGAAGCCCCCCACUCUAGCAGCGAAGCCCUUCACUACCGCACCAACCACGUCUCCCGGGCUGCCCGCGCGGCCAAUGGAGUCGAACAGGCCCCUGGGGCGGCCCGGUCAGGCCCUUCAGUGGGUCACAGCCCUGCGCAGGCCAGGGAAGCUCCCCACCCUCGCAGCGAAGCCGCCCACUCCCAAGACUUGACCCACCGGAAUAAGCCGAGACCAGUGGCUUGA